GCGCCGCCCCUUCCGGCCGCGGCGCCUCUCGCGUUCAGCUGUCGGGGCGAUGGCGGCGGCCGAGGCGGAGUACGAGUCGGUGCUCUGCGUGAAGCCCGAGGUCAGCGUCUUCCGCAUCCCGCCGCGGGCCUCCAACCGCGGCUACCGGGCCUCUGACUGGAAGCUGGACCUGCCAGACUGGACAGGACGCCUCCGUGUUACCUCUAAAGGGAAAAUUGCCUAUGUAAAGCUAGAGGACAAAGUUUCAGGGGAGCUCUUUGCCCAGGCUCCAAUUGAUCAGUAUCCUGGCAUUGCAGUGGAGACAGUGAACGAUUCAAGCCGGUAUUUUGUCAUCCGGAUUCAGGAUGGAAACGGGCGCAGCGCCUUCAUUGGCAUUGGCUUUGGAGACAGGGGAGAUGCCUUUGACUUCAACGUGGCCCUGCAGGACCACUUCAAGUGGGUGAAACAAGAGACCGAAAUCUCCAAGGAGUCCCAGGAGUUGGACAGCCGGCCCAAGCUUGACCUUGGUUUCAAGGAAGGGCAGACCAUUAAACUAAACAUUGGGAACAUGCCCACCAAGAAAAGUGGGUUGGCCAAGCCCCGCCCUGCUGGAUCCGGGGGACUCAGCCUACUCCCGCCACCGCCGGGGGGGAAGACGGCCCCUCCUCCCAUUCCACCUCUUUCUUCAACCGCCAUUUCUAACCAUGUAACUCCACCCCCAGUGCUGAAAUCCAGCGAUGCUGGCAACACAGAUGUCCUACUAGACUUUGAUUUGCCGCCUCCCACUUCAAAGGGGCCCACACCUGCUGUAGUUCCAACCACUGCAGACCUCUGGGGAGAUUUCAACACUGCACCCAGCGCAGUUCCCAGCCAGUCUCCUCAGCCGUCGAACUGGGUUCAGUUCUGAAGAAGUGGAACGGAGGAGAUGGGAAUGGACCAACGACCAGGGCUGAUGGGCCCACGUGGGAUGGGAGUUACCCGACGUCCUUGGCUCUUCAGUCAAAUCCUAAUUUCCAGACAAUCCUCCUGUUUUUGUUUUUGUUGAUGUUCCACUGCAUUGGCACCCAUAGCAUUUUAUCUCAUGCAGCAGAAUUGCAAAACCCUGUUGGGACCUUGUUCAGAAUUCUGCCCUCUGGUAGUUUUGUGAGAGUGAGGAAGGGUAGCUCAAAUCCAGGCUCUUGCUUCUGGUUAGCCCCUGCGGUUGGGAGGGGGACCAGAUGCUGCUUUUCACUUGGGGUGUCUGGCCAGGCUUAGUUUCCCUUCUCUGGACCUCUGGGGCAAUCCUGGCCUCAGCUGCAGCAGCUGGUCCAGUGGCCUGAGGAGGUCUAUGCCCUGGCAAGGCAGCUGGUCCUGGCGGGCAGGUGGAAGGCCAAAGCUGCUUCUGUAGAAGUCCUCCUGGAGACCUCUGCUCUCUGUGGGACUGGUUGCUGGUUGGAGUACCUUUGUGGUCAUCCUAAUCCAGCUUUCCCUCAAAUGUUAUUUCUUCUUUCCUCUCAGUCAGUAGCCAGGACCUCUGGAUCUGUUUUCUGUUUUGUAUUUGGCGAGCACCUGCAAUUUCCGUGGCUCUAGUAAUGGACUCAGUCGCUUUCCCCAGCUUGGUUCCAGUAGGAAGAGAACCUCCAUCAUUGGAAGGAGUGGUAAUGUCCGAGAGACCCUCCUGCUCCCAUCUUUUGUAGAUCCCAGCAGCAGAUCUUCUUCUAGGGCUCCUCACUUCUGAACCCAGCUAGCUGCAGCUCCUGCACUGGAGACGGGCUGUCUGGCGUGCCUUUAGCAGAUGAUUUAUCCCCACAAGGAGAAGUGCUGUCCACUCACUGAUCAAAGGAGCAGGACCUUUCAGCUCUGCCCCCUGCCAAGAAGGGUUUGACUUCUGAGCAGAACUUUCUGGCCAGUAUGCUUUGUAGCCUGAUCGCCCGUUCCAGGCAAAUAUUACCGAAUCAGGAAGUCAUUUUUGGCAGCGCCUCUUCUUUCCGCCUGCCUGCCUGGUCUGGCUCCGAUCCCUCUUUUAGGACUGGGGUGGGUUUCCCUCCCCCUUGCUGUUGGUGAGCUAGAAUGGCUCUAAGACACCUGCUUUGCUUGACUCCCUGGUCGCAAGACCGUUUUGUUGUUGUGCUCUAGGUCCGUAUGUUUUGCAGUGGGCUCGUGACACCCGUGGGCAGUGAUAAAUACGCUGUAAUACUGGCUCUAGCCUGUGCGUGUCCUCAGUGACUCCGUGGUUUGGUGCUUCCACCGUGGGUAAUUUUAAGUGAGUAAGGCACAUCCAGGUAGUCCCUCAAUGUUUUGUCUCUCUUCAGGUCCCACCAUUUCUUGAUCUCUUUUGCAGGGGAGCAGAGGGGAUCUGCUCCAUUUGUUGUCAGGAAGAAGACAGUAAGGAAUUAAAUGCACUUUUGAAAAAUAAAAAUGGGUGCCUGCUUGGUAAGGCUAUCUGUAACCCCCCACCCCCCACAACUUACCCCUUGAACUUUUUUCUGUCUCCUGCAGCCAGCAGCUGGUGAUGCUGGGCUGCAGGUCCCAAAGGCCAUGAUUCCCGUGAAAAGCGGGAGUUGUGGCCCCACUCAGCUGGAAGGGGUCAGGUUGAGCCCCCGGCUUCACACUCCUUUCGCCCUGCAAGGCCCUGCGAGCGGGCCGAGAGUUUCGGAACUGGCUGAAUCUUCUCGGUCAGUGGCAGGUCUCUGGUCAUUUCCACAACCUCAUGUUCGUACCUCAGACAAUUACGUAACUUCCUAAGUUGACUAAUCAGGAGGUGGUCCCUCUGUGUGCGUGUUUUCUUACAGCUAGUAUUAUCUAAAUAAUAUAUUAUGUAUUGUCACAAACAGAAGUAAUAUUCAUCUAUAUGUGUAUAUAAAGUAUACGAUGUACUGGUUCGAUAAUAGCAAAUAAAAUGAGAACUAAAGUUGGGAAAA